AUGGGGCUGUGCAGCUCAAGGAAGGGGGAGCCCAAGGAGGGGAUUGGGGGGCCGGGGUCCCAGGGGCAGCACCUGGACAGUGAGCUCCUCAGGGAGACGUACCAGAAGCUGUUUGGCAGGGACCAGCGGCCGAGGGGGCGCAAGGCUGUGCAAAGGGUGAUACAGGCGCUGAAACCGCUGGGUCUGUCCGUCCGCUCCCAGAUCCUGAAGCUGGGCGAGGACUGGAUCUUCCUCUUCCUCCUUGGCAUCUGCAUGGCGACCAUCAGCUUCGGCCUCGACGUCGUCAUCUCCAAGUUCCAGCGAGCCAACCUGUGGGUGUACGACGCGCUGGAGGGGUACCGGGCCCUGCAGUAUUUCUCCUGGGUCCUCUACCACACGGGGCUCAUGAUGGUCUCAGCCGGAGUCGCCAAAUACAUCUCGCCGCAGGCAGCAGGCUCCGGGAUCCCCGAGCUGAAGGUGACGCUCCGGGGGGUCGUGCUCAGCGAGUUUUUCACCCUGCGAACCGGCCUGGCCAAGCUGGUCGGGGUGAUCUGCACCCUGGGGGCCGGCAGCACCAUCUUCCUGGGCAAAGUGGGCCCCUUCGUUCACAUGGCCACGAUCCUGGCCACCCAGCUGGGCCGUGUGAUGGUUCGAGUUGCCGGGACCAAGGAGAACCCGGCCCGCAAGUACGAGAUGUUGGUGGCUGGGGCGGCCGUGGGGGUGGCCUGCUGCUUCGUGGCCCCCGUGGGGGGGGUGCUGUUCUCCGUGGAGGCGAUGGGGACCCACUUCGCGCUGCGCGAUUACUGGCGCGGCUUCUUCUCCGCGUCCUGCGCCGCCCUCACCUUCCGCCUGCUGCCCCUGCUGCACGGGGAGCGCGAGACGGUGGCCGUUCUCUUCAGCACCGGCUGGCGCGUCGAGUUCCCCUUCGACCUGCCCGAGCUGCUCUCGUUCGCCCUGCUGGGGGCGCUGUGUGGGGCUCUCUGCUGCGUCUACCUCUUCUGCCACCGUAACCUGCUGCUGGCCCUGCAGAACCGGCCCCUGCCCGGGCGCCUGUUGGGCAACAACAAAAUCCUCCACGCGGGGCUGGUCUCCCUGGUGCUGGCGAGCGUCACCUUCCCCCAUGGGCUGGGGCAGUACCUGGGGGCGCGGCUGACCAUGAAGGAGCUCCUGGAGACUUUCUUCAACAACUGCACCUGGGGGCAGGCGGAGCUGGGGGGGCUGAACGCCUCCCGCCAGCCCCCCCACCCCUCCUACGCCGACCCCUGGCUCCAGUGGACCCACCCCCAGCUCUCCUCCCUCGAGAUGCUCAGCGUCUUCCUGCUCUCCAAGUUCUUCAUGCUGCUCCUCGCCACCACCAUGGUCGUCCCCGCCGGCUACUUCCUGCCCGUCUUCGUCUACGGGGCGGGGCUCGGGCGGCUCUAUGGGGAGAUCAUGGCCAAGGCUUUCCCCGAGGGGAUCGUCUCUGACGGGAUCCGCAUCGCCAUCGGCCCCGCGGCCUACGCCCUGGCUG